AUGUCCAGCCAAUCACUGUGCGGCAUGAUGAGUCUCACAGAAACCGACGCAAGGGAAAUCGCACAGUCUCUUCUUCCCAUUUUACUGGAAUACGAGCAUCUCCAGGUGUUGUGGAAUAUCAAAAAUCAGAUGGAAACUCAUCAAAACGAAGAUGUCCAUUCAGUGAUUGACACAAUAUCACAUUUAUCGCAUAAUCGGACACGCAAGUUGCAACUGAAUGUAGCAGACAUCGCGUCGUUAUUGGCCGGCGAGGCCAUCUCUUGUAUUGUACAUCGUGGCGAAGCGGGCCUUUUCCAUGAUGCUCUGACAUCAGGUGUUCCCCAAUUACUUUUACCUAAAUGGGAAAGGAAUUACGACUACGCUGUCCAGGCUGAGUGGCUUGGCGUCAGGAAAUGGGCAAACAGAGCCCACUCUCCGUUAAUAGCUAAUGGGGAGUUGACAGCGGCACUCCGUAACAUUCUAAACCAGCAAGGCGAAGGAGUUCGUAUCUCGCAGCAGGCCAAGGAGUUUUUAGAAAAGAAUCUAAUGACCGUUCUCGGAGAGAAAGUCUCCCGCGAUAGGAGACUUGGAUCUGAUGACACUGCGAUUGUCGUAUCAGUCAAUGAUCAAACAUAA